AAAUUUAUCAUUCUGCCUUUCAGGGAACCGGGUUCGGGUUCACUGCAUAAGGCGUUUAUGCCGUCUCGCCUGCCUGUGUCCCGCAAUAGAUAAUUACGAUUUGUGAACCUAUUACUGCUAUACAGUUUUAACACUUGUAACUACUAAUUGCUAACUUGACAACUUGUCAGUAUUACAUUGAGUAUUGACGUCGAUCAACACUACGGCAUACCGUUAAUUUGUUAUUUUCGCAGUCCUGCGUUCCUGUUAUCGAAGGUUGCAAAUCAUAAUAAGUAAUAACAUAAAAAUACUAUAAAUCGUCCGUCCGUUUAGAAGACUCGAGUGACGAUGGCGAAUCCACAUUCCGGCGCACCGCAACAGCAACAGAAACCGUCUCCAGAUUCAGUGUUCUAUCAGUUCUCACCAGAAGAAACCAGAGUCAUGAACGAAUGCAACAAAGAAAGUUUUUUCCAGAGGAGCCUACCAUUAUCGCUGAUUACAGGCGCUGUUUCGUAUGCUGCGGUCAAUGCCGGUUAUUUAAAGCGGAGUGUGAAAUGGGGUCCAUGGCCUAAAGUAAUGUUUGGUGGUCUGGUUGGUUAUCUUAUUGGUAAAUAUUCUUAUCAAACAAUAUGUGCUGAGAAAUUAAUGCAGCUACCUAAUAGUGAACUUGGACGAGUUCUCAGGGAACGCAGAGGAAAAGCAAGUGGUGAACUUUUUCAAGGAGGUGUCCUUAGUUCAACUAUUGUUUCAUCUGGAACUGAUACACCAACGCUUAUGAAUGAUUACAAAUCUGAUAUGGAUAUUGAUAUGCAUAAACCUAUGAAUUCUUUAGAUACCGAUUAUAGACCCAAUUAUGAUGGUUUACCACUUAGAAAGGAUAAUGAAAUUUCAAUGUCAAAUGUUACACCUACUUCUUAUGAUGAUCUUAGGAAUCGUAAUAGGCAAGACUAUGAUAGAACACAACCAAAUAAAAUGGCAUAUAGGCCACCGCCUCCAUCAAAUACUCAACCAAUAUGGGAUAAUCAACCUUAUUUACCAUCUGAUCAAACAAGGAUACCUCAACCCAGAGAAUCACGUAAUCAGUAUGGAGAUGUUGUAUAAUAAAAGAUAAAAUCAUUUCCCAUUUAUUAAAUGUAAUAUAAUAUUAGUUUUGUUUGUUAUAACCUAAUAAAUUUUUUUCAGCGUCUGAGAAUACAUUUUUAA